CCGGGAUCCCCCCCGGCUCUCCUGUCCGCCAUGGCCGAUAAGGAAGCAGCCUUUGACGACGCAGUGGAAGAACGUGUGAUCAACGAGGAAUACAAAAUAUGGAAAAAGAACACUCCUUUUCUUUAUGAUUUGGUGAUGACCCAUGCUCUGGAGUGGCCCAGCCUAACUGCUCAGUGGCUUCCAGAUGUAACCAGACCAGAAGGGAAAGAUUUCAGCAUUCAUCGACUUGUCCUGGGGACACACACAUCGGAUGAACAAAACCACCUUGUGAUAGCCAGUGUGCAGCUCCCUAACGAUGAUGCUCAGUUUGAUGCGUCACACUACGACAGUGAGAAAGGAGAAUUUGGAGGUUUUGGGUCAGUUAGUGGAAAAAUUGAAAUAGAAAUCAAGAUCAACCAUGAAGGAGAAGUAAACAGGGCCCGUUAUAUGCCCCAGAACCCUUGCAUCAUUGCAACAAAGACUCCAUCCAGUGAUGUUCUUGUUUUCGACUAUACAAAACAUCCUUCUAAACCAGACCCUUCUGGAGAGUGCAACCCAGACUUGCGUCUUCGUGGACAUCAGAAGGAAGGCUAUGGGCUUUCUUGGAACCCAAAUCUCAGUGGGCACUUACUUAGUGCUUCAGAUGACCACACCAUCUGCCUAUGGGACAUCAGUGCCGUUCCAAAGGAAGGAAAAGUGGUGGAUGCGAAGACCAUCUUUACAGGGCACACAGCAGUAGUAGAAGAUGUUUCCUGGCAUCUGCUCCAUGAGUCUCUGUUUGGGUCAGUUGCUGAUGAUCAGAAACUUAUGAUUUGGGAUACUCGUUCAAACAAUACUUCUAAACCAAGCCAUUCAGUUGAUGCUCACACUGCUGAAGUGAACUGCCUAUCUUUCAAUCCUUAUAGUGAGUUCAUUCUUGCCACAGGAUCAGCUGACAAGACUGUUGCCUUGUGGGAUUUGAGAAAUCUGAAACUUAAGUUGCAUUCCUUUGAAUCACAUAAGGAUGAAAUAUUCCAGGCAGAGAACAUUUAUAAUGAUGAAGACCCUGAAGGAAGCGUGGAUCCAGAAGGACAAGGGUCCUAGAUAUAUCUGCACUUGUGAUUUUAGACUCCCCUUUUUUUCCUCUCAACCCUGAGAUUGAUUUAACACUGGUUUUGAGACACACAGAUUUUGUUCGGCUAUCCUUCUGUAAUAGGUACCAACAAUGCUAUUAACCCAAACAGUGGGUGUUUUCUAAAUAUUAACUGAGAGACUUGUUCCAGCAAAGCCAGGCUUACAUUUAAAUUUUCUUCAGGAAUUUUCUAGUAACAAACCCAGGUAUACCCACAGAGAGGGAAAUAUUAUGUGUGAUUAUUUUUCUUCUUGUGCUGUCUCCCCAAGUUUUUCAGACUCAUUUAAGUAAAGACUAGAGUGAGUAAGGAAUAGAGCCAAGUGAGGUAGGUGUCUGAGCCAUGAAGUAUAAAUAUUGCAAGAUGUCAUUUUUAUUCAGGAAAUAGGGGAGAUUCAAGUCAUAUAGAUUCCUACUCUAAAAUUUUCACACCUGACUUUCCAGGAUGCACAUUAUCCUAUAUUGACCAGUCUCCUCUUGGUUUCUUCAGUUAAUUCAAAAUUACAUGUUCCUCUUUCCCAAUAUAUUUUGCUUGUUAGUGUAUUUCUUGAGCUGUUUUCAUAUUAUUUUUCUCCUUUCUGUGAAAUGGUUUUUGUUUUUGUUUAACUUGGGACCACCAAGUUGUAAAGACGUAUGUUUUUACCUGACAGUUAUACCACAAGUAGACUGUCAAGUUGAGAAGAGUGAAUCAAUAGCUUGUAUUUGUUUUUAAAAUUAAAUUAAUCCUUGAUAAGCGUUGCUUUUUUUUUUUUUAGGAGUUAGUCCUUGACCACUAGUUUGAUACCAUCUCCAUUUUGGGUGACCUGUUUCACCAGCAGGCCUGUUACUCUCCAUGACUAACUGUGUAAGUGCUUAAAAUGGAAUAAAUGCUUUUCUACAUAA